AUGACAUACCAAAGUUCGGUGCCUCCGUCAGAACCUGUCUCGGUGGCUGUCAUGAAUGGACACAACGGUGUUCGAAUGCAGCCAGCUCUUGACACUACUUCGACCGUUCCUACGUCAAAGCUGGAAACGUCUCCUCCAUCACUACCUGCCAAAGGUCCUUCGUUGCCGAGCACCACGGCAUCCACCUCUUUGCUUCUGCCUUCAGCACCUUCUCACACGGCAGCACUUCCAUCAAGUGACUUGGCCAACAGCUCCCUCUCUCAGUUAAGCAGUUCUCUCUCAGAUCAUCCAAGCAGCCUAUCUUCUGCCUCGUCACAUACGCACAACAGCGUUGAGAAUGCCACCGCACUCCAGCCCUCCAACUCUUUUUCGGUUCCCGCAACCAUGUCCACCACCUCUUCGGCCACCGGCAUGGCCAGCACCACCAACAGCCUCGGCCUGAAUGCGACCAGCGUCUCUCUGCCAAUUCCCACCAGCCGAGCAGCGCCCUUAGUGUCUUCAGGUUCGCAAUCUUAACAGGUUGCAUGGAUAUAACAAGAGAGGAUUUGAGCCUGCAGGUCUGCCCAUGAGACACCUUGAGCGUUUGGGGAGGG